UGCGCCAUCGCCACUUAGCAUCGCGUUAGCUCUGCGGCUAGAAGAAAGCUAUCUCGCUGCGCACGGGGGGCGAACCGCCGCUGCUCCGAACGGGACCGAACUAAUUAACCGCUUUUACCGAGCGACAGACAUUUUACUCGUUCACGUCGUGUAUAAAUCGUGAGGGGCGAAGGUGACCGUCGAGACACCGGCCCAAACUGAACCCAGGCCACAGCCUCAAACAUCAGGCAGACGACAGCCCUGCACACAGUCGCUAUGGAUCGCUCACCCACCACUUCCAGCCUGAUGGCCAGCAGCAACGUCACCAACAAGACCGACCAACGCUCCCUCAACUCCAGGGUCUUCAUCGGCAACCUAAACACCCUGCUGGUGACGAAGGGCGAUGUGGAGGCCCUCUUCACCAAGUACGGAAAGAUCGUCGGCUGCUCCGUCCACAAGGGCUACGCCUUCGUCCAGUUCUCCAACGAGAGGAACGCCCGGGCUGCGGUCACUGGAGAGGAUGGAAGGAUGAUAGUUGGACAAGUGCUUGACAUCAACCUGGCUGGAGAACCCAAACCACAAAGGUCAAAAACCACUAAACGCUCCGCUGGAGACAUGUACAGCAGCUCCACAUUUGACCUUGACUACGACUUUCAGAGAGAUUAUUACGACAGAAUGUAUUCGUACCCGUCCCGUGUCCCCGCUCCUCCUCCUCCCCCUUUGUCGCGGGCCGUGAUCCCGUCCAAGCGCCCGCGGGUCAGCCUCAGCGGAGGAAGCAGCCGGCGAACCAAGAGCAGCUUCUCCUCCUCCUCCAAGAGCAGCCAGAGGAUCUCUUCAUCCAGAGCAAAAGUGAAAGUGGAUGAGCUGCAGACCAUCAAGCGGGAGCUGACCCAAAUCAAAAGCAAAGUGGACGACCUGCUGGAGAGCCUGGGGCGCAUGGAGAAGGACCAACACAAGAAGUCGACUAAGAGCAUGAAACCUGAGCCGGGAGAAGUGACUUCACCACCUCACUCGAGCAGCAAGAAGGAGGACGGGCUGAAGAGGGUGAGAGAGUGCCAGGACAUGAACGACUCGGACGAGGAGGAAGAUGAUGAGGACGAGGAUGCCGACAUGCUGGAGGAAGAGGCGAAGAGGGACGAUGAUGAUGACGACGAGGAAGAGGAGGGCGAGCACGUGGAUGGUGACGAUGACAGUAUCAACGGCGAAGACGACUCGUAGACGCCGACACGAGGAGCGCUGCACGGCUUCCAAUAGGAACUCAGACUCUGUUUUAACACUCAUUGUAGAUACAAAAGGCAAAUGUGUACUCACACAAACACACACAAGCAUGGUGCACACGCGAUGUUGUUCCAUUGUCCCUGAAACUGACUUCUUCUUUUCUUUGUUACUUUCAUCAGUUGUCCACGUUCACCGUCACAGGAAUAGCUAGCUGUAGUUUUUGGUUUUUGUGUUUUUACUGAGUCGUUACUUGUCUUCAGGCGAAGACAGACAAAUGGACACCUAAUGUUCUCAGAGACGACAGCUCGACGGACAUGUCUUAAUGCAAGGCCCCAACUUCAGCUGCGAAAUAUACGAUUUUUAGGUUCAAUGUGUUUGUCCUCAUCGGUGAGUUUGUUUGACCUUAUGUGUCUGUAUGUUAAUGUCAGUUUUUUAUACUAUUCCGUUUAUGUUUAACUGUAAAGAAAUAAAUUGCAAUAAAAUAUUAAAAGUG